ACUUCCUGUAGGGACUGAAAACCAAGUGAGGAGAUGAAGGAUUGCACCAUACUACAUCAGAGAAUACAGAGAGGAUAGACAUCGCAGCUAGAUUGUGACCAUCACCCAGGGAACAACUGCACAACUGUGGGAAGAAAUCCAGUCCCUUUGCAGCAUUGCUCAACACAGAGAAGGUUGGGCAGUGAAACCAUCAUCUGGAAAUAGGUCGGGUGAGGGGAGCUUUGAUAUAUCAUCAGAUCAGAAACUGGUCAGUGGCGUGGAGCCUUCCAUCAGAACUAACCUUUCCAAAAGUUUGGCUAUGGGUGAUCGGUCAGGGUGAGGCUGGGAAGAAGUGUGAGUGGGCUCCAAGUGUGGUGAGAUCUUCAGUAAGUCAUCAAGCCUCAUGAACCACUGACUCAUUCCUACAGGUGAGAGUCUUUUCAAGUGUGAGGUGGGUGAGGAGGACUCCAAAGGCUCAUUAGACAAUCUUACCUACAAGUUCCACCUAUAAGUGCCACUAGUGACGUGUGGACAGCAACAUGGAAGACAACCCUUUCAAAUGUGAGGUAUGCAAUCGAGCCUUCACACGUUCAUCGACACUCGUGAAUCACCAACGCAUUCACACCGGAGAGAAGCCCUUCAAGUGUGAGGUAUGUGACCAAACCUUCACAUGGCCAACGAAUCUCUUGCAACACCGACGCAUGCACACUGGGGAGAAGCCAUUCAAGUGUGAGGUGUGUAACAAAACCUUUGCACAAUCAUCAGCCCUGGUGGAUCACCGACGCAUUCACAGUGGGGAGAAACCGUUCAUGUGCGAGGUGUGUGCCAAAUCAUUCUCGCAGUUAUCAUCUCUCCGCUCACACCGACGUAUUCACACAGGGGAGAAGCCCUUCACAUGUGAGGUGUGUAACAAAUCCUUCGUGCACUCGUCUCACUUCCGUGUACACCAACGCAUUCACGAUGGGGAGAAAUCAUUCGUUUGUGAGGCGUGUAACAAAGCCUUCACCAACUCAUCAAACCUACUGAUGCACCAACGCAUUCACACAGGGGAGAAACCCUUCAGGUGUGAGGUUUGUGAGAAGGCUUUCACCCACUCCUCUGCUCUCCUGAGCCACCAUAGGAUCCACACAGGGGAGAAACCCUUCAAAUGCGAGGUGUGUGACCAAGCCUUUGCACAUUCAUCGACACUUGUGAACCACAGACGCAUUCACACUGGGGAGAAGCCGUUCAUGUGUGAUGUGUGUAAGGAGGGUUUUGCGCAGUUAUCACGCCUGGUGAGUCACCAACGCAUUCACACGGGGGAAAAACCAUUCACGUGUGAGGUGUGCGACAAAUCAUUCUCGCGGUCAUCGAUUCUCCGCGAACACCAACGCAUUCACACAGGGGAGAAGCCGUUCACGUGCAAGGUGUGCAACAAAUCAUUCUCGCAUUCAGCUCACUUUCGGGUACACCAACGCAUUCACACAGGAGAGAAACCAUUCACCUGUGAGGUGUGCAACAAAUCAUUCUCACGGUCAUCGACCCUCCGCAGACACCAACACAUUCACAAGUGAGAAAUUUGCAUGGCAAAUAAACCAUUCAAGUGUGAGGUGUGUGACCGAGCCUUCACACAGUCAUCAACACUUUUGCAACACCAUCGCAUUCACACCGGGGAGAAACCAUUCACGUGCGAUGUGUGCAACAAAUCAUUCUCGCAAUCGUCGGCCCUGUGCGUACAUCAGCGCAUUCACAGAGGGGAGAAACCAUUCACAUGCGACGUGUGUGACAAAUCAUUCUCACAGUCAUCGGCCCUGCGUGGACAUCAACGCAUUCACACAGGGGAGAAACCAUUUGUGUGUGACGUGUGCAAGAAAUCGUUCUCUCAGUCAUCACACCUCCAUGCACACCAACGCAUUCACACAGGGGAGAAACCAUUUGUAUGCGAGGUGUGUGACAAAUCAUUCUCGCAUUUAACAAACCUCCAGGCACACCAACGCAUUCACACAGGAGCAAAUCUGUUCAGUUGUGAGAUAUGUGACAAAGCCUUCACACAGUUCUCGAGCCUCCUGGUCCAUCAGACGGUCCACACAGGGGAGAAACCCUUCAAGUGUGAGAUUUGCGAUAAAGCUUUUGUGACAUCCACAAAGCUCCUGAUACACCAGAGCCUUCACACAGGGGAGAAACCGUUCAAGUGUGAGGUUUGUGAGAAGGCUUUCACCCAAUCCUCUGAUCUCCUUACACAUCAGAGGAUCCACACAGGGGAGAAGCCCUUCAAGUGUGAGGUGUGUGAUCGAGCCUUCACACAGUCAUCGACGCUCGUGCAACACCGACGCGUCCACACUGGGGAGAAGCCAUUCACAUGUGAGGUGUGCGGAAAAUCAUUCUCGGACUUAUCGAACCACCGUGUGCAUCGACGCAUCCACACUGGGGAGAAACCAUUCAAAUGCAAAGUAUGCGAUAAAUCAUUCUCUCAGUCAUCGACCCUCCGCGAACACCAACGCAUUCACACUGGGGAGAAACCAUUCAGCUGUGAUGUUUGUGACAAGGCUUUCACCCACUCCUCUCAUCUCCUGAGGCACCAGAGAACUCACAUUGGGGAGAAACUGUUCAAGUGUGAGAUUUGUGACUAAGCCAUCAUACAGUUAUCAGAGCUCAUGGAACACCAAAACAUCCACACCGGAGCAAAGCCAUUCAAAAUAUGAGGUUCUUUGUGAGGGCUACGGAUAUAGGGCCUCUUAAAUCGCCAUUACAUUCACAGAGUGGAGCUCCCUUGCCUGUAGUUGUUGGGCUUACCUGCACCCUUUUUUGAACAAGGGUGUAAUUUUUGCAAUUCCCCAGUCUUUGGCACAACCCCAGAGUCUAAGGAAGAUUGGAAAAUUAUGUCCAGAUCCUCUGCAAUUUGAACUCUCAUUUCCCUUAGUAUCCUUGGAUGCACAUCAUAUGGUCUUGAUACCAUAUCAUCUUAAAGUACAGCCAGCCUAUCAAACACCUCCUCCUUAUCAAUUUUAAAUCCUGUCUGAACUGCCUCCUCUUUCAGCAUGACCUGGGCAGCAUCUUCUUCCUUGGUGAAGACAGCAAGCAGGAAACUCCUUUCUGGACCCUCAUUGGCCCCAUUCCUUCUUUUACCACCAUUGUACUAUUUCCAUGCCUAUAGAAGAUUUUUGGAUUCCCUUUUAUGUUAGCUGCCAGUCUCUUCUCAUACUCUCUCUUUGUUACUUUUGAUUUUUUUUUCAAUUCCCCUAUGAAUCUUUUACUUUCAGCCUGGUUCUCUGUUGUAUUAUCCACCCGACAUCAGUCAUAAGCACACUUUUUCUUCUUCAUCUUAAUCUCUAUUUUUUUUGUCAUCCAAGGAGCUCUGGAUUCCUUUGCCCCAUCAUUCCCCUUUGGAAUAUUCCUUGACACUGCCUGAUCUAUCUCUUUAAAAGCAGCCCAUUCUUCAGUUACCAUUUCCCCUGCCAACCUUUGAUUCCAAUUUAUCUGGGUCAGAUCCAUUCUUAUCCCAUUGAAGCUGGCUUUCCCCCAGUUAAUUAUUAUUCCUCUGGAUUGUUCCUUGUCCUUUUUCAUAGCCAACCUAAACCUUAUGAUACAAUGAUCACUAUCUCCUACAUGUUCUCCUACUGACACUUGAUCCACUUGGACCUCUCAUUUCCAAGAACCAGGUCCAGCAAUGCCUCCUUUCUCAUCGGACUGGAAUAUACUGGAAUGGGAAAUUCUCCUGAGCACACUCUAGGAACUCUUAGCUCUCUCCGCCCUUUACAACACUACUAUCCCAGCCUAUAUUCAGAUAAUUAAAGUCUCUCAUUAUAAGUACUCUAUGGUUCUUGCACCUCUCUGUGAUUUCCUUGCAAAUUUGUUCCUUUACAUCUUUCCCUCUAGUUAGUGACCUAUAAACUACACUGAGCAAUAUAAUUGCACCAUUUUUGUUGCCAAAUAGAUCCUGCCCUUGACCCCUCUGGGCCAUCCUCCUCAGCAUUGCAAUGUUCUCCUUAACCAGUCCUGCCAUACCUCCUCCUUUCCUUCCUUCCCUAUCUUUCCUGAACAACUUGUAUCAAGGAAUAUUUAAUACCCAGUUCCACCUUCCUUUGAGCCAAAACAUCACUUGGCAAUCUAGGCCAGCAACUCACCAAUAUUAUUUACUUUACUUUGCACAUUCACAAACAUGCACUAUAACCCUAAUCUAGACUUUAUUACUUUCCCUCUUACUCUGAAGCCACCUAAUAUCUUAUUUUUUCCUACUCUAGUGCUAUCUGUCUCUCCCAGUACUUCAUGUACCUUGGGGUUCCUCUCUAUUCUGACCUCCUGUUUUCACACCCCAGCCAGGUUAGGUUAAAUCCUCCCCAAUAGCUCCAGCAAAUUGCCCACAAGGAAAUUCGCCCCAGCUCUAUUUAGCUGUGACCCACCCAGGCAGUACAGGUCCCAUCUUCCCCAUAACUGAUCCCAACAUCCCAGGAAUCUAAAUCCCUCCACCGUGCUCCAUCUCUCCUGCCACACAUUCACCUGCUUUAUCCUCCUAUUUCUAUACCACUAUAUGUGGUAUCAGGAGAUAGGUCCUGUUUGCUGAUUUCCUACCAAUCCAUCUAAAUUCUGACUGCAGGACCAUAUCCCUCCAUCUAUGUCGUUGGUACUGAUGUGGACCCUGACCCCUGGCUGUUCACCCUCCAUCCCCUCAGGGUGCUCUGCAGCUAUUCAGGGACACAUUGACCCUGCAUCAGGGAGGCAACAUACCAUCCUGAAUUCAUAGCUGUGGCCACAGAGAUGCCUGUUUGCUCCUCUAAUCCUAUCUCCUAUCAAUAUUGCUCUUCCAGUCUUCUUUGUGCCCCCUGUGCAGCUGAUCCAGCUUUGGAGCCAUGGACUUGGCUCUGGCUGCACUCCCCAGAUCAAUCAUCACUUUAAUCAGUAUUCAGGACUGAACACUGGUUGGAGAGUGAGAUACACUCAGGGAUUCCUGCACUGCCUGCCUUCCUGUCACUUCCUGACAUCUCCCCUGAAAACCCUAUCUUGAAUUUUAAUGCUAAGCCCUCUGUGCUGGUAAAGUGAGCCAGUUCUCAGGAGUGGAUAUGGGGUAGACUCAGACUCUGUUUUACUUGGUGAUUUUCAAAUGCUUUGUUAUUUUGGUUGAUUCAUAGAUUGGUGUUGUUGUUGGUCUGCUUUUUAUCAAUUUUUUGUAUAGAUUUAUAACUUACAAUAAAUUCACUUUUUCAA